AUGGAAACAAUCGUUUGCGAUACAUUGGAAAAAGCCGAACGCCUCCGACUGGAACAUUCGGCUCUUCGGGGUCUCAAAACUGUCAUCGUCAUGGACCUUCCCAUUGAAGGUUUAGGGGAGCAGAAAGCCAUGUUUGCAGCGGAGGGACUACAGCUGAUGUCAUUUGAUGACGUCGUUAAUUGUGGAACGAAAAAUAUAGUCGACAGAGUGUUACCUAAACCUGAAACCGUUUGCACUCUCAUUUACACUAGCGGUACAACAGGACUACCAAAGGGCGUACCUCAUACGCAUAAAGGCCUCGUCGCUACUCACGCUCACGCCUGGCAGACUGCAUCGGUGGAUAUUGUACCAAACCACAAUGAUACGGUAAUAUCUUAUCUCCCCUUGCCACACGUCUAUGAAAGAACGAAUUUGGUGAUGUCGAACGUGAAUGCAGCCAAUUUACCAAAGAGGGCACUCUUUCAUCAUGCACUCAAGCAAAAAUUAAAGAUGAUAGACAGGUGGGUUAUCAUGACAGACACAAUCUGGGACAAGUUAGUGUUCAACAAAAUUCGGAGUCUUCUCGGAGGACGAAUCCAGUUUGUUUGUUCAGCUGCCGCCCCCCUCUCACCUGACACUGCACAGUUCAUCCGGGCAGCUAUGAGCCCUAAUUAUCUCGAGGCCUAUGGACAGACCGAAGCUCCACUCAUCUGUCACAGCCUAACACAUGAUCAUACUAGCGGUCACGUGGGGAUCCCAGGAGGCGAUGUGCAGAUCAAGUUGAUCGAUGUACCUGAAUUGGAUUAUUACUCCAAAGAUGAUCAAGGAGAGGUGUGUGUGAAAGGGAGCCACGUCUUUAGCGGUUACUACAAAGAUCCCGAGCUGACCAGUCAAGUCUUACAAGACGGUUGGGUCAGAACAGGCGACAUUGGUAGAUGGAACAAGAGUGGAAGUCUCUCGAUUAUUGAUCGUAAGAAGGAUAUCUUCAAGCUGUCGCAGGGUGUCUACAUAGCCCCAGAGAGGAUUGAGAAUGUAUACCUCAGAGAACCUCUAGUCGCUCAGGCUUUCGUCACGGGUGACACAACCAAGAAUAGUCUAGUUGGGAUAAUGGUUCCGGAUCAGGAAGAACUUGAAAAGUUUGCCAAGAAACAUAAAAUCCCCGGAUGCUUUGAAGAGCUUUGUCAGAAUGAGAAAGUGAAAGAAGUCAUUUUCUCACGAGUGAUGAAACACGGUAAGGCGGAGGGACUUGCUGGCUUUGAACAGGUUAAGGGCAUUCAUGUCCACUCUGAGCCAUUCACCGAAGACGCUGGACUUCUUACCCCAACACUGAAGAGCAAACGGAAUGUAAUGAAACAAAUCUUCGCUGAGGAGAUCAUUGAAAUGUACUCUGAAAUCGAUCGGGGAUCAAAAUAGGUUGAACGGAGACUGAGGAAGAGGAC